AUGCUCUUCGGACGGCACUUUCGUUUGAAAACCGACCACCAGCCUUUGCUCCGUAUCUUUGGUUCUAAAAAGGGAAUACCGGUCUACACAGCCUACCGCCUCCAACGAUUUGCGCUCAAUCUACUGCUCUACGAUUUUGACAUCGAGUGCGUGCCCACCCACAAGUUCGGCGACGCCAACCGGAUCGUGAAGCACGUCAAACCCGAUGAGGACUAUAUCAUCGCCAACAUCAACCUGGAAGAGGACCUCAGAGCCGUCGCACAAAGCACCCAAGCAGACCCACUGCUCCGAAAAGUCUACCAUCACAUUCAGCACGGUUGGCCGCAAUCUGAACAUUCAGAAUCCGACAUCCAGCGAUUCCAAGCCAGACAGGAAUCACUCUCCGUGGUAGAUGGGUUCAUCAUGUUUGCCGAACGGCUCGUCAUCCCGUCGCUCCAUCGCAAGCGAUGCCUCGAACAGCUUCAUUGUGGCCAUCCUGGUAUGCAGCGUAUGAAGGCCCUCGCUCGAAGCUACGUGUAUUGGCCCAGUUUGGAUGCUGACAUCGUCAACUUCGUCAAGGCAUGCCAACACUGUGCGGCCGUAGCCAGGUCACCUCCUCACUCUUCACCGGUGCCGUGGCCCAAGCAGACCGCUCCGUGGCAGCGCGUCGUCGUGGAUUAUGCUGGUCCAAUCGAAGGCGAAUAUUACCUGAUCGCCGUCGAAUCCUUCUCCAAGUGGCCAGAAAUCAUCCAAACGUCCCGUAUAACCUCGGCGGCAACCAUCAGCAUUCUCGGUGGGUUGUUUGCUCGGUUGGGUAUGCCUGUUAUACUAGUCAGCGACAACGGAACCCAAUUUACGAGAGCUGAAUUCGCAGAUUUCUGCGCCUCAAACGGCGUCGAACACCUCACAACUGCUCCGUUUCAUCUACAAUCAAAUAGCCAAGCUGAACGAUUUGUUGACACGUUCAAAAGGGCUGUUACAAAGAUUCGAGAGGGGAGAGGAUCGAUACAGCAAGCGUUAGACAUAUUCCUGUUAACGUAA